AUGGAGGAAGAAGUACAUUCUUCAGCAAUGUUAACCAACAAUGAUUCCAUACCACUCUCUCAUGUAGAUUCCGAUGAUGACAUUGAGAGAAAAGUGUUAUUUCAAAAUAAUAAUUUUCAACCUCUCAUACAGAAUCGGAACCAAUGGAAUAAUACCCACCAAAGUAUAUCAACAUUUCCAAUAGAAACACCAUUGAUAUCAUCCUUUCCCUCUUCGUCCUACGAAAUUUCCGAUGCUAACAACAACAGUAAAAACGCAAGCCUUGAAGCAAGAAAGAAAUUGGGUCAUCAUCAUGAUGAGGCUUCUUCGGUCAACUUUGAAAACCAAGAUUCGGAUAGAAUAAUGGUGCCAGCCUCGCCAUCAUCACUCACAUGUAAUAAUGAAAAUACGGAACAAGUUCAACAACCAUUCGCUACUGAUGAAACAACACCAUCCAAACAAGUAGAACCAUUGGAAGGAGCGAUUUUACAAAAUGACCUUUUUAGUGUCAAGGAAUUCUAUCAUUCAAAGACUUUACUAUGCACUGGAUGUACGGGAUUUAUCGGAAAGACUGUCGUUGAGAAGAUUUUACGAUGUUUGCCUCAUGUUAAAAAGGUGUAUCUUCUCAUUCGAACCAAGAAGGUCACUGACAAGAGAAAUCCAAAUAUUCCACCCAAAAUAUUUUCAGGACAUGAAAGAAUGGUGAAUGAAAUUAUAAAGUCACCAAUCAUGAAUCGAUUGAUAGAUGAAAAAUUCCAAGGAGAUCGUUCCAAAUUUGAAGAAUAUGCUCUCGAGAAAUUAACAUGUGUGGAAGGGGAUGUUUCCGAUGUGGAUUUAUUUAAUGAAAAAGAUCAACCCUGCGAAGAGAGUCUUCUAAGUGAACCUUCAAAAAUUGUGAAACUUGGUCAAAUUAGAAAUCAGGUCAAUGUUAUCCUUCACAUUGCAGCAACGGUUGGCUUUACUGAACCUUUACCCGAUGCAUUACGUUUAAAUGUUUUUGGAGCACUCAAUAUGCUUCGAUUUGCCAUUUAUUGUCCAAAUAUUCAAUCGUUUAUUCACGUUUCAACAUGCUAUGUGAAUUCGAACCAAGCAAGUGGUUCCAAAAUUUUUGAGAGAUUUUACCCACUCAACCUUAAUAAUGCAACAGUGGGAGAAAAACAAAGGAAACAUAGAAUACGACGUUUAGUCCGAGGAUAUAGUAAUACACAAGAACAAAAUCAAGGAGCAGAAGAUGAAUUAGAAGAAAUGGAACAAUUUUGUGAGGGAAUUUUUGCAGACUUUUCGUUCCAACGAUUCUUCAAUCAGUUACCAAGCUCCUACAAACCCGAUGUCAGCAAUAAGGAAGAUCCCAACUUGAUGGCUCAGUUCACGGAUCGAGUUUUGAAAAAUACAAAAUUUCCCAACACGUAUACACUCACGAAACAUUUGGCUGAAAAAUUAGUUGCCAAAUAUCAUGCCCAUGUUCCAGUGGCCAUUGUUCGACCUUCGAUUGUGGGACCUGCUAUGAAGGAACCUCAACCUGGUUGGAUUGACGCUGUGUCAGCAGGUGCUGCUGUCAUGUUAUUUAUUGGACUCUGUGUGAUUCGAGUUUUGCCAGGAAGAGCCGAAGGAAUUGCAGAUCAAAUACCUGUGGACUAUGUCGUGAAUUCUAUUUUAACAUCUGCAGUGGAUAUUGCAACGAGACAAAAGAAAUCAGGCAUUAUCUCUUCCUCAGCUUUCAAUAAUUCUCUACUUUUGAAUAUGAAUAAUGGAAGCUAUAGUGAUAGCAAUUUCAAUCAAAAUUAUUGCACUCAAAAUAACAAGAAACCAGGACUUUUAAGAAUUUAUCAUGCAGGAACUUCAACAGCAAACCCUGGUCCUUGGAGAAAAAGCGCAAAUGCAGUCGCUCUUUAUUUCACAAAAUGUCCAUCCAAACAUCAAGUGUUGCCCAAUAUGACCCCUUCGGUUCAACUACUUGAAAAUUCCCUCAACUAUCAAACUCAAUUCUUUUUAAGAUAUACUGCCUGGACUCAAUUUUUCAAGAUUCUCGAUCUUUUAACCAAUUAUUAUCAGAACACGUUUUCUUUUUUGAGCAAUCCAAAAGUUGUAAAUUCAAGUAGCAGCAGUAAUAACCAUGGAACGGUAAGCAGUAAUAAUACGACCAAUAGCAGUAAUACAGCUGCUGCAAGCAGUAUGACACCAUCCACCAAAUUCGGCAAACUUGCCACACAAUUAGCAAAAAUUGAACAGCGAGCACACCAAUUAGGUUCACAUUUUAGUCAUUUCAUUCUGAAUGAAUACUUUUUUGAUAACUCCCAUGUACUCGAAGCAAAUAAUUCUAUCGUUCCCAAUGAAAGAGAUUAUUCGUUUGGAGAAAGUGGGGCUUUUGGCUUGGAUUUUGAUUUUGAUUGGGAUGAAUAUUUAGAAUUGUUGUGUUAUGGAAUACAUCGAUACUUCCUGAAAGAAGAGCCUCCCUAUAUCCCUCCACAACAGCAACAGCAUAUGGCUCAGCAGUUGCGAUUGGCAAAGAAGGAAGAAGAGAGAAGCAAGAAUUUCAACAUGAAGCAUUUCAGAACUUCUAAACUUUGA